AUGCUCCCCUUUGACAAGGACUCCGAGUUACAAACUCGUCCCCACGACGACAGCAGCCUGAACGAGGUCGCCACGACGCUCUUAGCAGAUGAACCAGAGCAGACUAAUGUGCUGUCGAAAUUCGACAGGUUUGUCAUGCCGCAGAUGGCCCUGCUGGGCAUCAUAUCUCUGGCCCUGAGACUCGUGUGCUGGGUCAGCCUUCCGGCCUCGCCCGAGACGGCUUGGUUCCUCAGCGAGGAGAAGCGCAUUGUCAUGCGCAUCCAGGAGCGGAACCACCCUUAG